CUUUUGGCACUUCACAUGCACCACCCUGAUUUAGUGCCCUUUUCACGACAUGUGUUCUGUCUCUGUAUACAGUUUAAAUUUUUAUUACACAUUUUUUUCUAUUUCCAGACAAAGAAAAGUAUAAAGCAGUGUAGUCGGAUAUUAGAUAUUAGAGGUAAGGUAAGGUAUCAAUCUCCCACCUUCGUUGUCACGAACCAGAAAGCUUUCACGGUAAUCAUUUGCACACACAUGCAAAUUUGACAUUUUUUUCUUUUAUUAUUUCUCCCCAAACCCAUCACAAAAAGUUCCAUUUUAGAACUCUUCUGUUUCGUAAUUAUCAUCAUCUGAGAGAUUCUCCUCCUCCUCUGCUUCGUUUUGGAGAUUGUUAAUCUGAAUUAUUAUUAAAUCGCGAUGGAAUCGGAGAAGCCGAGUGUUGUGAGCUCAAUAACAAUAAGACCAUCGUGGGUGCUCCUUCUCCUUGCUUUCACCGUCUUAGCCAUUCUCUCUCACCAAAUCUCCUCAAACUCAUUCCUCCCUCUCUUUAUCCUCCCCACCACCACCACGAUACAUGACCCGAUCACCUGCUCCGCGUUUUUCACCUCCGACCCGUCCCCGAAACGGGUCGUCAUGUCUAUAACCGAGUUCGGAGGAGUCGGAGACGGCAAGACGUCAAACACGGAGGCUUUUCGCCUCGCGGUAAGGCAUCUCGGUGGUUUCGCGGCAGAGGGUGGGGCCCAGCUUAAUGUUCCCGAGGGCACGUGGCUCUCGGGGAGCUUUAAUCUCACCAGUAAUUUCACGCUCUUCCUCGAACAAGGCGCUGUUAUUUUGGGAUCCAAGGACCCAAACGAAUGGCCCAUAAUAGAGCCAUUGCCUUCUUAUGGGAGAGGGAGAGAGAGACCUGGUGGUAGACACAUUAGCCUCAUUCAUGGAGACAACCUCACUAAUGUUGUCAUUACAGGUGAAAAUGGUACAAUUGAUGGGCAGGGGAAAAUGUGGUGGGAGUUAUGGUGGAACAGAACACUGGUGCAUACGAGAGGCCAUCUUAUUGAGAUCAAGAACUCUCAUAAUAUCCUCAUCUCCAACCUCACUUUACUCAACUCUCCUUUCUGGACAAUCCAUCCUGUUUACUGCAGCAAUGUUGUUAUUAGAGAUAUGACCAUCCUUGCUCCAAUGAAUGCUCCUAACACCGAUGGUAUAGACCCAGAUUCAAGCACCAACGUCUGCAUUGAAGACUGUUACAUCGAAAGCGGCGAUGACCUUGUAGCUGUGAAGAGCGGGUGGGACCAAUACGGAAUGGCCAUGGCACGUCCGAGUUCAAACAUCAUCAUCAGACGAAUCUCUGGCACUACACGCACUUGUUCAGGUGUUGGAAUAGGAAGCGAGAUGUCUGGUGGGAUUUUCAACAUAACCAUCCAAGACAUUCACGUCUGGGAUUCAGCGGCUGGGCUCCGCAUCAAAACAGAUAUAGGAAGAGGCGGUUACAUUUCGAACAUCACCGUUAGUAAUGUGUUAUUGGAGAAAGUGAAAGUUCCUAUCAGGUUCAGUAGAGGCUCGAAUGAUCACCCGGAUGAUAAGUGGGAUCCUAAAGCUAUGCCGAGAGUGAAAGGUAUUUAUAUAAGCAACGUUGUGAGCGUGGACUCGAGGAAGGCUCCUAUGUUGCUUGGUGUUGAAGGAGGAACGUUUCAAGACAUAUGUUUGAGUAAUGUAACGCUUCUUGGGUUACCACAGACUGAGAAAUGGAAAUGCAAGGAUGUUUCUGGUUAUGCGAGUGACGUUUUUCCUCUGUCGUGUCCACAGUUGUUAUUACAGAAGGAAGGUUCGGUCUCUCAGUGUUUAUAGAUGAGUUUGUGGUUAGUGUUUUUAUAGAGCUCCAUGUGAUAUAGGAGGCCCCCAUGAGUUUGAGCAAGUUUUUUUUUCUUGGGUGAAGAUUCUUGGCCACUUUAAAAGAUGUCAUCUUGGUUUUCUUUUUCACAUUUUUUAAUUCUUGUGUGUGAAUUUUGAUUCUUUUGACAUAUACUCUGUGUAACGAAAAUAUACUUUGAAUUAUUCAAUAAAGAUUCAUUUCUACCGUCA